UCAUGUAAAAUGCUUCGCCCAUACACUGAAUCUCGCAUCCCAGCGGGCACUGAAAGUGGCCACGCUCUCCAGGCUUUUAGGCAGAGUGCGACGAAUAUCAACAUUUUUUCACCGCAGCACUACAGCAAACCACUGUCUGAAAGAAAAACAGAAAUAUCUUGGCCUGAAGAAUCAUAAGCUGAUAACUGAUGUGACAACAAGGUGGAACAGCUCAUAUGACAUGGUCGAGAGGUUCCUAGAACAGCAACCUGCAAUCUGUGCCACAUUGUUGUCUCCAGAAGUCAGAAAAAGUGAGUCAGAUCUCUGCACUCUCAACGAAACAGAUGUGUCAAAUGCAGAGGAUGCUGUGAGUGCAUUAAAGCCAAUGAAAGAUGCAACCACACUGAUGUCAGAAGAGCGCAAUCCAACUGUUUCUCUCAUUGCCCCUCUAAAUGCACAACUGCUCCAGAACAUGACAGACACCAUGGGAGACACACCCAUGAUCCAUGAGAUCAAGAAUGCCAUCAAAACAGAUCUCCUGAAGAGGUACAGCAGUGAGGCAGAGAAGAAGAUACUUUAUACAGCCUCUGCCCUGGAUCCUCGUUUUAAGGGACUGCCUUUUAUUCUCACAGAGGAGGAGAGAUUGGAGAUAUACAGAGGAGUGACUGAGGAGGCUGCAUCCUUGGAGAUUGAGUGUACUAGUACAGUUACAUCUAGGAGGACAAACGUGGAUGAAGUGCCACUGCCUGAGGGAAAAGAAACUCUGGAAGAAGAAUCACCCAUCGAGGAGGAUAACCCUUCUCCUCCCAAAAGAAAGUCCACAUCGCUGCUCAUGACUUUGCUGGGACAGUCUUUCACUGACACUGAAGGUACAAUAGAACCCAAGACCCCCUAUGCCAAGGCUGAAGAGGAAAUAGAGAAAUAUUGUAAAGCCCCAUCUCUGCCUCUCACUGAAGACCCUUUGAAAUGGUGGCAUGUACAUGAGGUCAUAUUUCCCCUCCUCUCUCAUUUGUCAAAGCGAUACUUGUGUAUCCCAGGUACAAGCGUGUCUGCAGAGCGGGUUUUCUCCACUGCAGGAGAUGUGGUAACGGCAAAAAGAAGCACCCUCAAACCAGAGCAUGUGGAUCAACUAGUGUUCUUACAGAAAAACCUACAUAUUCCAUAAUUCUGAGUAGUGAUUCAGGUUUAUAAUAUUAAUAUUUAAUGUUUUUUGGCACAUCCAGAAGAAUGUGCUGUGUGCCCCAUUGCCCAGUGCAGACUACUGUUAAGUUAUUUUAUAUUUGUUACUAUUAUAUUGCUUAUAGCUUUUUGAAAAAUGAAGCUUAAAACCUUGAGUAAAUCUUUGUUAGAUCACAAAAUAUACUAGUACACUACACGACACGACCGACCACGUCACUCUGUCACAGUCACACACACACACACAA